UAGUUUCAAAUUUUAUUUUUGUUCUUUUUGCAAGUCAAAUUGGGUGAGAAAUUUUGAAGUAGUCUUAAAAAAAUGGCUUGAUCAACGAUGCCGAUGUAUUAUGUUAAUUUCUUAAGAAAAAUGUGUAAGCUGAAAUUUCACCAUUCAAGAAACACAUUAAAUCACUCUUCCUCUUCCAGUACUAUUUCACUUGGAAACAGUGAGGCAUCGUUAAAUGAUCCUAACGCUAUUAAAAUUCCUUUUGGUGUUUUUCUAAGAAAAGAAUUCUAUUCUCACAAAGAGUCAUCCAUCUUUACAAGCUUUCAGUAUAUGAUGAUGCAAAAAACCAAUAAAUACUUUAAUAAAACACUGCGCGAAGCAAUUGCAGAUUUUGUGAUAAGCAAUCCAGAAAAAUUUGAUGGAACAUUUUUGGGAUCUGAUCCUGAAUCAUACUGUAAAGCUGUAAUCCAAGAAAUCAAAUAUGGCGGAACUAUUGAGUUAAUACUUUUGGCAGAUUUGUUUGAAAUCGAAAUUGAUAUACUCAAUCUACAUUCUGGUACAUUAACUGCCCUAGGAACCGGCAAAUAUGUUGAGCAACGCGGUUUUCUCUUAAAUAAUGGUUUAUACUUUUAUCCACUUUACAUUCUGAAGAAACAUGAUGCUAAACCAAUUACAUUAUUUCCUGUGACUGAUAAAGGUACUUAUCGAAAAGCUGUGAAACUGGUGAAACGAAAGAAACUGCCUGGAAGUCUACCAUUUUUUUAAGAAAACUUUCUUGCUAUUCAGGAAAACAUUCUCUAAUUUUGAAAAUAGUAAUAAAACGAAUGCAAAUAUCAUAAUAUAUUUAUAAUAAUAAAACGUACUAUAAAAUAAUA